GCAGGUGUGGAGCUGCGCAAAUGAGAAGCAGGCACCGCCAUGUUCCUUAAUAAGUGCGAGGGGGACCUGAGUGAGCUGCGGAAGCCGGGGGACAGCGAGGGCACCCCGCCAGCCGCCACCGAGGAGGAGCAGCCCAAGAAGAAGCACCGGAGGAAUCGCACAACCUUCACCACCUACCAGCUGCAUGAGCUGGAGCGCGCCUUCGAGAAGUCCCACUACCCCGACGUCUACAGCCGCGAGGAGCUGGCCAUGAAGGUCAACCUGCCGGAGGUCCGCGUGCAGGUCUGGUUCCAGAACCGAAGAGCCAAGUGGAGGCGGCAGGAGAAGAUGGAGGCCAGCUCCAUGAAGCUCCACGACACCCCCGUGCUCUCCUUCAACCGGCCCCCCAUGACACCCAAUGUGGGGCCCAUGAGCAACUCCCUCCCACUCGACCCGUGGCUGACGUCCCCCAUCUCCAGCGCCACCACGGUCCACAGC